AUGUUAUUCGCAGCCCUUUUAAUCGCGGGCUCCGCUGCCGUCGAGGCCGCGACCGCGUGGGAUGGCUCACGGUUUGCGUGGUACACAUCCGAUGCAGGGGACGACUUCGCCAGCGCUCUGCCAAUUGGCAAUGGAAGGCUCGGGGCCGCCGUCUUCGGAACAGCUAACGAAAAGGUGGUUUUGAACGAGAAUUCGAUGUGGAGUGGCCCCUGGCUAGACCGCGCCAACUCGAAGUCCAAGGAUGCCGUCCCGCAAAUUAGGGAGAUGUUGAUCUCAGGGGAUAUCACGGGUGCGGGCAAGUCUGCCAUGGACAACAUGGCAGGGAAUCCGACCUCGCCGAGGGCAUACCAGCCGCUUGUCGACCUCGGCAUUGACUUUGGACACGGUUCUGGCAUCUCAUCUUACACACGCUGGCUCGACACAUACAAGGGCACGGUCGGUGUCAACUACACCCACGACGGCACUGACUACAGCCGUGAAUAUGUGGCCAGUUAUCCCCACGGCGUCCUUGCCGUUCGUCUUAGUGCUAGUGAGCAGGGCAAACUCAAUGUCAAGCUGUCGCUCUCUCGUGCCCAAUCGGUACUCUCCCAAAGCGCCAAUGUCGAAAAUGGCACAGGGGUCGUUUCUUUGAGUGGGAACAGUGGACAGUCCUCCGACGCCAUCACGUUUUGGUCCGAGGCUAGGGUUGUCAACUCAGGGGGCACUGCUUCUUCGGACGGCAAGACAAUUUCCGUGACCGGCGCCGAUACGAUCGAUGUUUUCUUUGAUGCCGAGACGUCCUACCGAUAUCCCGACGGCACCGACGCGCAAGCCGUGGUCACACGGAAACUCGACACUGCCGUGGAUGUAGGGUACUCAGCUGUCCACGACGCGGCGAUCGACGACUUCAGCAACCUCAUGGGGCGUGUGACGCUUGAUCUUGGUUCUUCGGGGGAUGCCGGGUCACAGCCAGUGCCCACUCGUUUGAGCAACUUCAAGCAGAACCCUGACGCAGAUCCGCAGUUGAUGACUCUGAUGUUCAAUUUCGGCCGCCACCUUCUUGCUUCGUCCUCUCGCGACACGGGGCCGCGGUCACUGCCAGCGAACCUGCAGGGUAUCUGGAAUCAGGAUUACAACCCGGCGUGGCAGAGCAAGUACACCAUCAACAUCAACCUCGAGAUGAACUACUGGCCCGCGCUCGUUACCAAUCUUGCGGAAACCCAAAAGCCCGUGUUCGACCUGAUCAACAUCGCGAUUCCCCGCGGUCAGGCCGUGGCCAAGACCAUGUACGGAUGCGACGAUGGCGGGUUCGUGCUUCAUCACAACACCGAUCUCUGGGGUGACGCGGCACCCGUCGACAAGGGCACGCCCUACACCGUAUGGCCAAUGGGUGCUGCCUGGCUGUCGGCCGACGCUAUGGAGCACUACCGUUUCACACAGAACAAGACCUUCCUCGAAGAAGUGGCAUGGCCCAUUCUUCGUCAAACCGCCCAGUUUUACCACUGCUACCUCUUCAAAUGGAACGACUACUGGACCACCGGCCCGUCUCUUUCGCCGGAGCACGCCUUCAAGGUGCCUCAGGGUAUGAAUCAAGCCGGCGGGAGCGAAGGCCUUGACAUCAGCAUCGAGAUGGACAACCAGCUCCUUCACCAGCUCUUCACCAACGUCAACGAGACUUGCAACGCCUUGGGUCUUGAUCAAUCUGACACGGACUGCGCCGCAGCACUCGACAAACUCCCUGCUAUCCGUCCACCAGCAAUCAACCCCGAUACUUCCCGCCUGCAGGAAUGGCGUAACCCUGCCUAUAGUGACACUGAACCUGGUCACCGUCAUUUCUCCCCGCUCUGGGCGCUUUACCCCGGUAGCCAACUGACUCCGUCUCUCACCAGUCCUUCCGGAUCGUUGAGCAGCGCCGCAGCCGCUCUUCUGGAUCACCGCAUCCAGUCUGGAUCCGGUUCGACCGGAUGGUCGCGCUCCUGGGCCAUCAACCUGUAUGCACGCCUGCUGCGUGGCGACGACGCUUGGAAGCACGCGCAGACCCUGGUGCAGACAUAUCCGUCGCCCAACCUGUGGAACUCGGACAAUGGGCCCGGGACGCCGUUCCAGAUCGAUGGCAAUUUUGGAUUGACCGCUGGCAUCGCAGAAGUCUUGAUACAGAGCCAUGACGGGGUUGUCCAUUUGCUGCCCGCACUCCCCGAGAGUAUUGGUGCGAAAGGGAGUGCAGACGGGUUGGUAGCUCGGGGAAACUUUAUAGUCCAGGAGCUGGUUUGGGAACAGGGAGCGUUUGUCAGCGCAAAGAUUGAGGCAAGGAGUGGCGGGGUGCUGAGGGUUAAGGUUCAAGGGGCGGAGAAGUUUGAAGUCGGAGGACAGCCAUAUGAGGGGGCGAUUGAAACAGAGGUUGGAGAGGUGUAUGAGAUUACUGCUACAGCCUAA